GUGAAUUCAGAAGUCUAUCGAGUGAUAAAUUCCAACCUCUUGACACAUCGGCCAAUAAAGUGGAAAUCCACGAGGGGAAUCUCACGGAUUUACUCGAGGCAUUCAACCGGAGUCUCACUCAAGUCAUUCAAAUGAAUCAGCAAUUGUAUUCGGCACUCAACAAGUCACCAAAUAAGGCUAUCGCAGUUCACAAUCCUGCUGAGGCGGAGGUGAAAAGUGCUGCUGGGGAGGCAGAACAGAUGCAUGAGUAUGAGGAGUCCUUCGAGGAGGAGGAAGAGGCCAACUCGACGGUGAAGAGCGCCGGCGGGGAAGCCCGGAAGGCGUCAGAUGAUGCAAUUGGUGGCCAGGAGAGCGCCAGAGAGAUUGACAAUUCAAAAGGCGACAAGAGCGGUGAAAUUGUUAAUUGCAGAGCCAACAAAUCGAGCGAAGAGGCCAAUGGGCCCCAAGCGAGAGCCAUCGAAGGCAACGUGAUGGAUGCCAGGGAGACAAAUAGCACUAUAGGCAGUGAUAUAUUUGCCGUGUUCAAUCAAACCGACAUGGAAGUGUCGUACAUUUCAUCUGGCGGCGAUGAAGCCAGAGAAACUUCGAUUACUUACUCAAAUAUUGGUCUCUUUGAGCAGAUGAUCAAGACGGAGAAGAUGAAGGGCGAUCGAUUGUUUAAGAUGAUUCGAACGCGUGAGAAGGCAUUGAUUGAUCGCACAAGAGGACAAAUUGCUUGGCUGGAGUUGCAGAAGAAGAGAUUCAAGGAAAAGGGUGGAAUUCUCCAGAUUUCAGCCAUUCGGAAGAAGCAGCGAGCAAUUUUGCUCAAGUUGGAGCGCGAACGUGGCGAAUUGCAGCGUCAGAUGCGCUCACAACCCACGUCGCCGACGAAGAAGUCGCCAAGUCACCGGGUCAGAGUGGUGGAGAAGACAAUCUCCAAUGUUGUGAGUCUCAGGCGAUCGCCACUUCCGGCACUGGAGAAUCGUGGAGCUGUGAAAGGGUUCGAGAUGGCGGCAGGAACGACACUUGAGAAAUUGCUGGAACAGAGGGAAAAGGAGCUGCAGAAGCGUCGAGAGCAUGUGGAAUUCCUUCUGCAGUGGCAUCAGAGACUUGAGCGGGAGGAGAAGAAUGUUCGUGAGAUGGAGAAUAAGUUGCUCAAUAGUAAUUUGGAGAGAAUUGCUGAGAAGCAGAAUCUUCAGGCUUUGACUGAUGGGAAUGAAGAGGAGGAAAAGAGUAGCGAAGCUAUGAAGAGAGUUGAGGAUAUCGAUAAGAGUCUCGAGAUUCUGCACAAUAUUGUUCAAGAGAGUGGAAGUGAGGCUGAUUUUGUGGCAGUUCGAGGAGCAAAGCUCAAUUAUCUGUGGAAGAAGCUUGUUGGGAAGGAGGAGGAGAAAUUCUCACCUGAGAGUGUCAUCAAGAUGACUAAAGAGGAUUUUUCACAACUCUACGAAGAUGCGAAAAUCAGAAUUCUGAGAGAAUUUGACGAUGAGAAGAAGAUACGACAGUUGAUGGAUGAAUCUGUGGCUUCAGUCACGCGGGAAUCGAAUUCUCAGCAUUCCACAGAAGCGGAAGAAGAGGAAGAAGAGGAGGAGAACACAGAGAAAUGUGAGGAACAGCCUUUUCCAGGAUACUCUACAGAUGACUUUGAAACUGUUGCAGAGUCGGAAAAGGUUGUUGAAAGUGGUUUAGAAGAGGCGGAAACGAAUGUAGUUAAGAGUCCGGAGGAAUCAUUCCAGGAAGAGUGUUCAAAAAACGAUCAGACUGAGGAUCAAAGUCAUUCCGAAGCCACAAGAGACAGUAUCAAUCGUGAGGAAGCAUUGAUAACAGCAGAAGAAUCCGUGAAGAGUGAGAUGAAUUUAAUCAGUGAAGCUUUUUCUCCGGAGAUUCUCAGUCAGGCGGAGGAGGAGCAGCUAAUCAGUGAAAUAACACUGCCCUCAUUCAGUGACACAACAAUUGCGGAUGAGACGAUUGUUGAGGAGGAGGCUGAAGGGCUGGAGGAGAGUGAGCAAACAGAAGAUAGAAGCGACGAUAUUGUGGUGAAUUCUGAAAAUAGUCCAAAUUCUCACGACGGAGACGCAGAAAAUGGUCUAGAUAGUGACUUAUCAGCGCAUUCCAAGCAUGAAAAUCUCGAUAAGACACUCAACAUAUCUCAGGAGUCUCUCAACACAGCCCAAGAUGUUGAGUCAGUGACCCUGGAGAGCUUCGAGGAUGACGAGGGAGGCGAAGAAGUACAGUCAGAGUUGGAGAAGAGGAUCAUUCAAGUGGAUGUGAGUUUGAAGGAUUUGAGCAGCGCCAUGGAGAAAUCACCCAUUCUGGAGGCUUUGAGUCCUCGUGAGACAUCAUCAUCAGCAUCAACAGGAUCCUCAAAUUCCUCCCCGGAAGCUUCUGUGCAAUCCGGCGAGGAAUCUCGCGCCUCAACGUCGAGUGAGAGAUUGGAAAGUGUGGCAAAUGGUGAGGAUAAUUCAUCUCAGGAGAGCUCAAGUCGCUUCAUUCAGGAGAAUUAUGCGGAAGUUUAUCCUAAAUCACCAGAUGAUUCUCAGGGCAGUGGAAGUUUCUCACAGCAGAAGAUCAGAGACUACAAGAUUCCCAAUAGAAUGCCGGAUAUUAUCAGCGAAGCUGAACUCCUGCGACGGCAGCAAAUGCAGAUUGAGCAGGAGAUUAAGCAACUGGAGCAAUCAGUUCCGGCAGUCUUUCUCAGGGAAAUCCCCAACAAACCACCGCCACCGUAUGUGCCUCCUGCCCAAGACAGUCCCUUGGCCACGAUCUUUCCCUCCGAAGACAGAGUGAUGGAAUUGGUGAAUGAUCGCACGAAGGAAUUGUACUUCAGCGUCAACUCAGGGAAAGCAAUUGCCGAAUCUGCGUCUGACUGCUCCAGCAUCACGAAUGUCUACGAGAAGAUCGUCGUGGGCAUGUGUGAAGAGAUCUUUGGGGACAUCAAUGAGACUCUGGACACACAAUAUGAUGCGCCUUUUCAGCGCGUGCGUCUGUAUCGCAACAAACUCGCCUUCUUCAACCCUCCAGAUCGUCUGGCGUGUAUCCAGGAUCACAUCCUGGAGUCCAUCGCGCGAAUCCUGCCCGGCCUGGGAAGCAUGCCGCGGCAGACGCUGCAAUUGCCGGCCAACAGUCGACGGAAGAGGGAUCAAAUCGAUGAGAUUGUGAUUGAGGAGAUGCUGGAGGAUGACUGGAAGUGGAGUAACUUCCAGAUUGAGGAGACUGAGGUCCUCGACACGAUGACCGAGACGAUCUUCAGCACACUCCUUGAGGAUGCCAUCCGGGACAUCGACGUGGCGUACACGAAGAAGUUUCCUCACAAUUCCUAGGACAACAACAACGAUGAUGAUGAUGUGCCUGACACUUGAUGAU